AUGUCGAUGUCAAACCUCGUGGUCAGCACCUUACAUGGACUACCCCCAUCGACGUAUCAAGGUACCAUAGAUGCUUUGAAGACUACAACACAGAGGACGUUAUUACAGAAAUAUAUUAGUUAAGGUAGAUACAAACGAAAGUAAGACCACUGCCGCAUGGGCCAGUCCAUGGCAUACGAUUUACUAAUGUGCGUUGGUUGUACAUGACCUUGGCAGGGAGCGAUGAUCUGUUCGACAUUCAGUGAUCCAACUGCCGGAUGAUUUGGCUAGGGCUCAGUGACAUUUCACUGGCCCUACAGGACAAUAUCUCACCACAAUCUAAUAUUUCCUUCUUUUAUCGUUAAAUAUACCUAGGUUCCUAUCUCGCAGCACUGGUGAUCCACUGUUAUUAGAUACGGAAGCUCGUUAAGCAAAAGUUUCUUCUAUGCGGUGCAGAACCAUUCGAGACAAUUAUUGGAUAUCGGACGGGCGGACGGUUUGGAUAUCGCUUGUUUUUUGAUGGAUGAUGUACUUAAGCAGUUGGAAGAUGCAGCUACUGCACAACUGCUGUCGGUAAAGUCGGAAGAUCGUAAACGAGCAGAAGAGAAGAUUUUACAGUUCCGUUCAUGCUCUGAGCCUUACGAAAUCUGCACUGUUAUUUUAACUCGUUCAAAUAAUGAUUGUCUGCUAUAUGAAGCUGGUCGAUGUCUGUCCCAUGCAGUGGUUAGAGAAUGGAAUUCUGUUUUCGCUUCGUCAUUUGAAAGUAUAGACGGCUGUAAAGCACUGCAGCUUCUAACUUUCAUCUUGGAAUGGUCACAAAGUCGUGGAUUCGAGUGCGGUCCUGCUGCUCGUCAGCGAAUUUUAAGCGCUGCUGGAGCACUCGUUAAAAGAGCUUCAGCAGCCCAUGCCGAAAAACUUGCUGCUGCCUGGAGAUCUACAAAGGUUGAUGAAAAUGUCAUUCAUACAACUAGCCUAGGAUCUCGAAUACUUACCACACCACCAGAUGAUCCAGGACCUGCUUGUUGGUUAUUGAUUAAGUUGAUUGAACACAUCGAAGAGUUGAUCCAGCCGCUUACACAAUCAGACUUAUCUGGCAUAAAUAACGAUCAAGAACCUAUUUUUAAACGAGGAUUAUUAGGUCUGUUUAUAUUGUCUGCAUUAUUGGAUGAAUUUUCCUACUCCGAAGACAGUGCACAGUUGAAUAUGCCAUUGGAAGCACAUGUUUUCCUUCGAGCUAGAUUUCAGGACUAUGAACUAGUACGAUUAUUUAAAAAUUUACUUUGCUUAGCAAAUCAACUGUUAGUUUAUUGGUCGUCACUGGACUGUUCAGCAUUAAGUCAAGGACAAAGUGAAGUAGUAUUCAGAGUAAUAAGUUGCCUGGAUAUGAUUACAGGUUGGGAUUUCUUACCACGUGAACUUAUUCGUUUUCAUGCCAGUCAGUUAAGACGUUCUGAUCAAGAAGCUCGUUUUCGUCCUAGUGAUAAAUGGAGUGAUACGAUGGGAACAGAUGCCUUUCCGAGGACUUUAUUACUAUUUAUUAAAUUACACACAUGGGUUCGCGGUUCAGAUCUGCUUGGUGCACGAACAUUGUCAUGUUUAGUUCGCUUCUCUUUAAUGUCUGGCCCUCUGAUUUAUCCAAUUUCUUCAUUAACUUGUAUAAAUAAUAAUUCAUCUUACCACAAUGGAAUUUCUUCAUCAAAUUAUAAUGAAAAUCAAUCACUGGGUUCACCAAGUACAAUGCAUUACCUAAUACUAAUUGAAAAUUUAAAUUGUUGGCUAGGAAAAGAAAUACCUAUGGAAGAUCCCAUACAAUUAUCAUUCGAGUCGCUCACAGAUCAAAUACCAGGAAUACGUAAUGAAAUAUCUAAUCGAAUAGCAGAUAGUCGUUCAAUUCCAAGUAUAACAUUAGAAAAUUUAUUACCAUAUGAGUUAUCUAUCUUAUCUGAAUUCAUUCUUAAUUUAAUGUUGAAUAGUUCACGUGCAUGGGAACCUGUUGAACGAGUUUUAUCAUUGCCUAAAUUCAGCUCACAAGAAUCUUUAUCCAGUGAAAUAUGCCAGUCUAUGUUUCAUAUUGGUUUAAUUAGUUUAUGGGUGAUGGAUAAAUUCUUUGCUUUUCUUUCUUCCCUAUUAAUACAGUGUAUACGAAUACAGACAGAAUGUUCCACAGAUGGAGAUGAUAAUGGUCAGUUAGCUCAUGAAGCUGUUGAACGUCUAUUCAACUGUUGGAGUGAUCUUCUUGAUUUAAUCCCAUCAUCGUUAAGUGAACAGGCACGAUCUCAAAAGAAUCACAAUCUAACAACAAUUGGUUCUACGGAUGAAGAUAAUUCACCGUUGCCUUUAACUACUGGACAAGUACAAAACUCUGACCAGUUGGCUCAGAAAAUGAAAAAGCUACUUGGAUUGUUACGAAGUAGUAAUUCAUCACGACAAUCACAAUUAUUCCAAUUUUUCCUUGCAUCCAAAAUGGCUCAACCGGUUGGUUUGCGUCGAACUUGCAGUCAUGAUAAUAAUGAAGAGAUUGAUCUUGAAUUGGAUGAAGAUGAUAUGACUUCUUCAGAGGAUAGUUUAUUCGCUGUAGGAUCUUGUGGUUUAUCUACUCCUGAAGAAUCAGUCACUACACUUGUUCGUUUAAUAAAUGAACGUGUUACCCAAGUGAUUCAAUUACAAAGCUGUGAAUCUUUAAAAUCAAUUGAUUUAUUCGAAGAUAUUCAUUGGCUAUUGUUGAUUAGUGGACAUUUUCUUGUCUCUGGUCCUGCAUCACUAACAAGUGUUCUACGAAUGGGUUCUCCAUGGGAUACACAAUUCUCAAUACCUCAUCAAAUUUUAUAUCUUGGUUCUAAUGAUACAGUUGAUGUGAUAAAUAGUCGUCGUUUAAUAUUAAUGUCUAUUGCACAAUGUCCUGAUAUGAAUAGUAGUUGGCCUCCAGACAAUUUACCAUAUACACAUAUUCCUUCUUUAAUAAUUUUGUUAUGUUCUCUCUUCCGUCUAUUAUGGUUACAAGUUGCUUAUGGUGUUGGGAGUGCUCAAUUGGUUACGGAUAAUUUUUGGUUAAUGACACGUUUAGCUGUCACAUAUUUCUGCCAUAAUGUAGUCGAUCGGGAUACAUUAAUGGUUAGUAUAUUGAAUUGUUGUAUCCCUGCUGACAGAUUUAUUGAAAUCUGUAGUUCAAUAUCAUUAAUUAGUUUAUUCAUUGUAGUCGAUUGAUCUGAUAACUUGAUCUCUAGGUUUUGUUUGUAAAAUUUUGAUGCCGUAUUGUUUAUUGAGGUUUCUGGUCAGUUUACUUACUGACUGGCUUGGUUUCUUGAAUUAUUUAGCAUUCUAUGCAUCUUUUUCUAUUUUCCUCAUUGAAAUAUACAGUCAAAUAAGAUUUGAUAUGACGGAUAGAUUUAAAUGUUUUUAUUUGCGUUAUACUACGUUCCUAUGAUAGUACGGUAAUAAGAUUAGGCUGAAUGAUCGAGUUCAUACUACUGCUAGAUCGGAUGCUCGAACGAUCCGCUAUGCACUGUUGUAACGUGUGGACUGCAGGUUAGAUGUGCAGCGUUUUAUUGAUCGAUUCAGUGACACGGAAAACACGUACGGACGGCCUAGAGUCUCGAUUGGUCCCGCUUCCCUGUCUAGCCCAGCCAGUUGAGUCCAGAACACAAGUCUUAGCCUCUGAGAUAUGAAUCAUUAUAUUUCAGACAUACUCUAUUUAUAUACCAAUCAACCAGACCACAUCGUACCAUAAAAUAGAAAACAACAUUUUGUACAAUAUUCAACAAGGAACAGAUAUCGACCAAUAGGAAAUGUCCAUUUAAAGUCCAAGGACACCAUUAGACUUGAUAAUUAUUGGUAUAUUUUUCUGCACAUCCUAACAGCACAGACUAGAUCUCGCUACAUCAGAGUACAAACUAGGCACUAAUUUAUUCCACACAAUUACAAGCAAUCACUCCCAGUAAGUUCAGAGUAGAAAUCAAUAAGAGGAAAGGAAAUUGCACAUUUAAUAGCCAGUAAGCUGCGUUCCUCUUUGUCCACACUCAGUGACUAAUCACAUUUACUCUCACUACCAAAUAUUAUGGAUAAAUUGCUAUUAUUUCCUUUUUGGAAUUUUAUGCUACUCAUGUUCCGUAGUUUAUCAUUAGUCUUUCAUUAAUUUUCAAAAAAGCAUGUUAACUCAUCAACUUCAUCAACAGGUUUAUGUACUGAAGUUUGGAAGUUAGUGAAACUAACCGUCCGUCUAGAUCGAACUAGUUGAAAUUGUUUUUGAACCUGAAACCUAUAACUCAGAAACCGAUUGCUUUGACACUACUAGACCAUCGUGGCAGGGGUGUUAUUUACGAAAGUUAAUAGAAGAAGCGAGAAUGUCUAGUGCUUAAACUGAGUUGGUGGAUUCACAGGAUCCAUCUGUGGGAGUUGUAAAAUCUUUACUAUAAGGACCAAUGUUGUGCAUUAGUUCCAGUAUCCUGAAGGGACGAAUAACAGAUGAACCUAUUUUUAGUCACUGAUUACCAUCUCGUGAUCUCACUCCACUCCGUUAUGGAUUUUACAUCUACGUGAAAAGCUCGAAGUGGCGUUCUGAAGAAACCACCCACUUCGGUUUGGGUACCCGGGCCCAUACUAUUUUUGAUGCUCAUUUGUACCAGUUUCUCAUGUGGCUGAAAUACGUAAAUAAAAGGUAUCAUAGCGAUAUUGUACUUCAUUCAUGAAAUAUUAAGUUUUAAUUCCCUUUAUCAAUGUUAUUUAUUUGUUAUGAUCUGUUAUAGUCUAAUAUUUCUCGAUCACCGAUCAUGACAAUACUUCAAGCUGAAUCUGUUCACCCAUUACCAGCACAUCAAGGUGUAUUUUUGUCAAAUAAAACAUAUAACGGAGAAAAUCAACUUUCAGAGAGAAAAGAAAAUCUAUUGCCAGAAAGUUGUAAUGAUAUAAAUCGAGUUUGUAUUCAAGGUUUAUUAAUGUGUGUACGUUUAGCAUUAGAUAAAUGGUCACACGAACCCCAAGCACUAAGUUCACUAACGCGACUAUUGAGUGUGCUCAGUAUGCAUUCACCUAAUUCGUAAGUGUCACUACAUUUUAUAGACUGUUUUUUAAUGCUAUUUACACUUACUAAUCAAGAAAGUCAAUCAAACCUUUGUCGAGUUUCGUUCUCCGACCCAGUAUUCUUCUUUUGCUUAUUAUUCCUCGAACAUUUUACUUCACUCUACCCGUUCCCGAAUUCAAACAUGGCUCUGACAAGAAAUUGAUUAUCUUCUAAAUAGAACAAGUUAAACUAAGAUCAUUCUAUAAGAAUAUGUUAAUGUAUUUAUAAUUUUUAAACAGGAAGACUCUAGGGUCUUCGCUUAUCCGCUGUAGUUGGCGGGUUAAAAAUAGGUCAGUCAAUGUGUUACAACGUGCUCCUGUCUGGAACAUACUUUAGUUAAGUCUCUGUCUUACCAAUUCCUCCAUUUGAGCAGAUUCAUGGGAUCUGUUGUUAGGGUCAUCUUGGAUCAAAGUAAAGAGUUUGUGCCUUCAAAAUGUCCACCUUCCAGGCAAUAAGGAAUUGGUAUCAUCCUUUUUCUUUUCAAUGAUUGGCUUCACAGUUUCCAGAUAUUUCGAUCUCGAAGGUGUCUAACAGAAUAUCAUUAGGUUUUCUAGGUCGGUUCUCGUUGUUCGUUAUCGAAAUUGCUUUAAUUUGCUUUCCAUUACGUAUCAAAUAUUAUAUACGUAUUAACUAUAUCCAUUAAUCGUUUUCAUUUUUGUAUUUUCACUAAGCUUCAAAUCUGUUUUUCAAUCUCAUUGCACUAAGCACUUAUUCGCAAGCUUUUGUAAUAAGCUAAAAUAUCUACAAUAACCAAGCUUUAUAUUGCGUUUCACUAAACUUUUUUUUGUAAACUAAUGUAGUGUUGAAUUAAAUAGUAACUAGAAUGGAUAAAUCCCUGUACAUACCAAGGAUGAUAGGAAAUAAUAUCUUCGCUUGACAAGAUGAAAAUACUGAUAGUCAAUAUUUCAUUCGACUAUUUUAAUGUUGUUUUAUUGUGAUCCUAAACUAAAAUGUUUGUGUUAUUUCACAUAUAUUUACCUCCAAAGAAGUCAUAUAUAAAGAGCUACUGAACAGCUAUUUCUAUUUUCACAGUUCUCACUAGUUACUAGGCCGAUUUCAGUUCAUUCUUUUAAAAAAAUAGGGAUUGGAUAAUAAUCACUAGCUUACCUAACUUAAAUUUCAAAGGUUAAAUUGAUAGUGAAUUUUUACCUUUACUAUUUCUUUUAACCCUCAGAAUAUAUAAAUUCCAUAAUCGAAUGUCAAAUAAUCGAAAAUCUCGUCUUAAUAUUGAUCUAUUCGAAAAUACUAUCGACUUGAACAUAUCAAGAACUGACUAAUAAUUGUUUCUCCCUAGUUCAAUAUUCUUAUUCUCUAAUAAAAAGACUAUUUUAUCCUGAUGAGGCAUUAUUUUUGCUGUAUAGAGGAGGUUAUAUUGCUUGUCACAUGUUAAGGAAAGACCAAAUGACCCAUUUCUGUAUGGAUUGUUACAUUAUUCUGUUGCAGCCAGUCCAUUUUUUUCAGUUAAGUUUGCGUCGUCCAGUGUAUGUUUCUAAUUGUUUAUUUGGUCAAAUGUAUGAUGAUAUAGUCAGUAAGGUAGGUGGUUGGAGGUAGUCAAUAGUAUACUCUGAACCUAGGUUUCAUGCUAUUUGGCACUUAUCGGCGAGGUAUACCUUUAAUCUUGAGGGAACUGAUGCUCUUUAGCAGAUUCGAUCUUAUGUCAGCCAGGUUCAUAGUUAGAGACGUUGCCAUUGAACUAUUCGGGCGCAACUGACCUGCAGGGUUAGUGUAUUCGGUAAUAAUAGUAGUAGUUUCCCUGUAAUGAUUUAACUAAAAUUAAAAGCCCUAAUGGUUACUCUAUUCAUUCGUUUUUUUUCUUGAGUUAGAUCAUCUGAUUUAGCUUGUUCCGCGUGGUAUGACAUAUGUACGCUUGUCGCUGGUCCUCAGGCUUCAGAACACACAUGGCCUAAUUUGUCGACAGAUAGUUUAAUUCAAUUAGUUGAAGCCUGUUUAUGCGGCAGUUGGGCAAUUGAUAAAACAAAACUAUCAUCAUCGGCAUUAGUUCAGCAGCAGCAUCAAAGUAAUGAAGAUGUCUCCGAUACCUUGCUACUACAGGUAUAUGUUUUGUUCUGUUUAGUUUUACGGUUAUUUCUGUAGUUAGGUUGACUCUCUGAAUAUAAAUCAAUAUUAAAUGAUAAGUUUAUAAAUCAAACUUACGAUGACAUAACCGUUGUUUUCGUUUUUCGUAGGUUGUGUAUUGUAUAUGACAUGGCUGGCUUCAGCGAAUGUAACACUUUAGUUAUGUAUCAUAAUUAUUUGUUCAUAGGGUCGUAGUGGUUUAUAUUCGAGAUAAUUCCCAAGUCUUCGUAUAUCUCUCGUCCCGAUAGUGGUUAUAAGAUAACUCCCAAUGGUGUAUAAAUUUCAGAAGACAAUACAAAGCUUGGACUACAGUUCAUUAUUGUAGAGAGCAGAUCACAAAGCUACAAGCACACAAAACAAAUUUGAGUAGAAACGUGAAUAGUAGCGGAUUAGGACGAAUGCAUUGAUAAAAUUUAAGAGAGAGAGAGAGCCAUAUAUAGGUAAGAGAAUGAUUCAUCGAGCUAUUAAGUAAUAAGAGGGAUUUGUGUAAGCUGUAACACGUGACUAAGGCUACACGCUCAUGCAGUCACGAUAACAAUAAUAAUGUUAAGAUAUAGACAUAUCGUUACUGUUCUGAUGACACUGUCUGUUAAGUAAGUUAAUUGAAGAGCUUAACAAGAUCGAACGUAUAGAAGCUCAUGUGUUAGUGAGGUACUAUAAUGUUUCACCUGCAGCUUAUACACACGUUUUGUUUAAUCCACAGUUGAGUUGUUUUUGUAAGCAGUUAAACAAGUGAUAAUAAUCUCAACGAGAUAAGCAUCAAAACACAUUGUUCUUAUCCGACUUUAAUUCAUAUUUUUCCUAUUUCCUUGAGUUUAUAUUGUUUUAAUAUCUUGAUGUGUUUAUCAAAUAGAUUCACGCCGAAAUAUGAAUCGUCAAAUUUGAAUCUUAUUUAUUUGUUUCAUUUCGUCCCGAAUUUUAGCUUAUCCGCGAGAUUCGAGAACAUGUUCUUCGUGUAAUCAAUGUUCUUACCCAUGAUGAAGCGUCUUUCAGUUCACUUCAAGAUUCUACAGCCACUAAUAUGUUGGUUAAUUGUACAGCUGUUUUAAGAGGUGUUUCACGUGCUGUAGGAUCAAUAGCAACAAACAGUAACUCAACUACCGAUUUAGUUUCAUUAGUUUGGAAUGGUCUUUUAGGUCCAUUCUUAUCACAUAGUGCAAAUUAUUUAGUGUUGGUAAGAAUAUUACCUAGUACUCAUGUUUUUCUUCUUUGUCUGUAUAUUUUAUGUAAAUGACUUUAUAACAGUGGAUUUUAGUAAAGUUGAAUUUUAACAAAGUAAUUUAGCUGACCUAACCACCGUCGGAAAAAAUAUCUGAUAGAUUAAGUUGUGUAACAAAAUUGAAUCGGUUAAUUUUGAGUGUUCAAAUAGACAUCUUUGUUUCCCUCCAUAUUGUUUCAAACAUUUAUUAUUGUAUACUAUGUUUAGAGAAGAGUUUGUGGAUUCACUAAUAGUCAAGACAAUUAACUUCUACAUUAUCUUAUCUAACACUAACAUGUUUGAUUAGUUACUAAAUUAUUGAACUGAAUGAAAUAUGUGUAGUCCCAAAAUACACGAGCAAUGCUUCAAAGACACCUGUGAUCAAAUAUUAGUAACCUACGAAUAUCCCCUAUUCUUAAUGAAAUUUUAUUUCUUUAGCUUUUCUAUAUCCAGUAAGACACAGACAAAUACGUGCUCAAACUAGAGCAUAAUUUGAGUCUGAACAUGUGUUUCAGAAUGAGGUACAGUCUCUUAUCGAAACUAUUUAACAAUGGCUGAUGGGAAUUUAGUCUUUUUAAGUCCAUCGCUAAAUUGAUUAUAGAGUUCGCCACGUCAGAUGAUGUUUCUUCCUAUAUCUAAAGUUGGUGUUUGCUGGAAGCAAACGGUUGUCUGAACAUAGUUACAGCAGACGGUAGCCGUUAACUGUUUGCUGAGCCGCGACACCAUUAGAUCCUCUUAAAUUCCUUUCGGUUUGAUUAAGUCUAUUUGCUUGAGCAUUAAAAUCAGUUGCCAUCAGAGAGUUUGGCUUUUUGAAGUGAGUUGGAUAGCUUCCCAUAAAGUUCAUCUUUAACUUCGUUCGAACUGCAAUCAGUGGGAGCGUAGGCAGAGACAACGAGAAGGAGACUGCGUGUGUCCCUAUCUUUUCGAGUUAUUACUGUCCCGUUUGGUUGAACAGUGCACACGUGACUGUCUAUUGGAAAAAAUCCUAAUAGAGUCUGUUCUGCUUUAGAACUUAAUGCUAUACCUAAACCAGCGACGUCGCAGGAACUAGCAGUGGCGUCUCCAGAUGCUCAAAUGGUAAGUCUUGUUGGUUUUUGUUGUUGACAAUGUGAGGUCGAAUGAAUGACUGUUGUUGGACCCUGUGCGCACGUUUCGGAGACUCGACAGACAUCGAUGAUGGGAGAUUGUAAAGUUCUAGUUAAAGAAGCCUGUUCUCUCUGACGCGAUGUUUGAACAUUAAGAUUCCCAACAUGUAGUUUAGAACGUUGUUUCAUGAGACCAGGAAUAACAUUUGAUGAACUGAAAUCAUUAUAAUUGGUUGUGCAUGGUGAUAGAAUUAAAGAGAAAGAUUAAUCAUGGGGAUAAGAGAUGUGGGGAUUUUAUUGGCUAAUGAAUUCGAUAAACUGACACCAUAUUGGCGAUCCUGAUUUCAGGUAUAUUCGCCUACAAAUAGUUGUAGUAACGUAUAUAUUCGUGCAAAAUUAUAUUGUCUUGGUGAAAUGUGAAAACCAUAAAUUAAAUACAUUAUUUGCACAUCUUUCUCCAGUUGUUUUUAACAUGCUUUAUGAUUGUUCCAAUUCUGUUGUUAUUCCAAUUGAUCUAUGUUCUUUUUCCUGUUCUUUUCAAUCCAACCUUCUUUUCUCGGGAAUUUGUUUACAGCACACAGUUUCAUAUUGAAUAAAAGUUGAGAAUAAUCGCUAAGACAUUUAUUGCAUAGAUGUGGUCAUGAUAUUUAUUUUAGAAAUUCUAACAGGUAAUGUGUAUCUGGUGAAGAAGUACAAAUUUCUCUUGAUUGGACACUCGGGCAUUCUUUAAAAAGAGUAUUCAUAAUUUGCUUGAUCCCUGACGAUUCUCUCUUUUCCUCUGUGUGUGUGUGUGUCUAAUUGGAGCAAAGGUUUGAUAAUGUCGGUUUUCAGAUGUCUGAAGACAAACUAUACUUUGUAAUGCAUAAACGUUUUAUUACACAUUCCAUACGAAUAGGAGAAUUAUCGUAGAUUGUUUGACUUUUCUCUGGAAAUCGAACAAAUCCUAAUGAAAUCCCUUAUCAUCACAGGAAAUCAGUUAUUUUUAUUGAUGAAUUUCCAAUUUGUCGUAUUAAAAGUAGAUUUAUAUAAAUGAUGCAAGUAUCUGCUUUAAAUUGAAAUAAUACAUUUAGACGAAUGGAAAUUAAUUUAACCUUACAAUGUGUCAUUCUUAUUUUUCAUGCUGCAUUUUCUAGUACUGGAAAAUAUUGUCAAUGUAAAACUCAAUAUUCUAAACUGUAAUUUCAUAAUUUUCACUUGUUUGAUUCUUGAGUAGUAUAAUAAGGUUACUUACUAAUUGGAAGUUCACAUAUGCAUCUAUACUGUGUUAUUUUGAUAGUCUACAUCACAGACUAAUCUUAGACAAGCACAUUGAAAGAAAUCUAGAAAAAACCAAAUAAGUUUUGUAAGCAAUGAUAGAUAGUGGCUAGCAGUGGAAUCCAGUUUGACGCGCGUUUUGUUCUAUUUGGGACUCAUCAGUUGGAUGUACCUGCAUCUUAGAGUUGAUGUUCACUUUGGGACUCGAACCCAGUACCAUUCACUUCAAAUGCUAUCGCGUUAUCCACUCAGCUACUGAGUCCUGAUAGCCACUUGCUUGUGCAAAUAAGUUUUUUUUUCGUAUGAGACUCUUUUAACUGUGGAAGUCAUCGAUGAUUCCACAAAAAUAACAGACUUAGUACAUAUGUUCAAAUCGACCAGUGAAUUUUCAUCCACCGGUUUAUAUGAUGUUAUUCUGCAAUUAUGAUUGUUUUCUUUUUCACUGUUUUUGUUGUUAUGUGUGAUGUUUCUUGUUUUUGUUCUCAAUUCAUAGAAAUGUCAUAAUUACUCAGAAGCUUUACAAUCAUUACUCUCUUUAUUCACUGAUGUUGCUGAUUCUUGUCUAAUUUAUUUGGCCGGUCUACCAUCAUCAUCAUCAUUUUCAGAAUCAUUAUUGAAUAAUGAUUCUACAGUUGUACAAUCAUCAUUGGAAACAAAUAAUGAAACUAGAAAUGGUUGUGCUACUCCAUAUGCUUCUGGUUCAUUUUUAAAUUGGACAGUUGUUCUAUGCAAACAUUAUACUAAAAUUACACAAGGUAAAUAUCCACGGUCUCAAUCUAGGUAGAUAUAAUUAGUGUUCUGUUCUUUCAAAUUGUUAGUGUUGUGUUAAAUUGUGCUUGGUCAGAGUAAACUGUCAUAACAUUUUAUUUAGUUUAUGUUGUCGUUCACUGUUGUCAGUAAACGAUUAAUGUUUAUAUUAUAAUUGAGUUAAAGCUAUAUGGUUUCAAUAUAACAAUAGAAUAUGUGGAAUAUAUGAAAUUAUCUCCAACCAAACUUAAACUAUAACCCACCCCAUCAAUAACUCGAAUCAAUCCUCAAAAAAGAGUGCAAAAUUGUUAUUAUCAUUCGAACUAUUGAAAAUAUAGUGUAAAACGCAUAGGUGUUUAAGUAGUGUCUGUUUUUUCGGGGGGGAAAGGAGGAGGAUAUCAUUGAGAACCAGCCAUUAUAAUGCUAAGGGUCAGAUUUAGUUCAAAUCCUUGUAAAAAUGUUUCAUUCACCAGUAAGUAACUUAAAAUAUCGUGAUGUAUGUACUGUGGAGUAUUUUUAAGUAGAUAAGAUGUCCUAGUUGUUCUUUUUUAAAUAUUUAAUAUUGACUUUCAAGUAAGUUAUCUAUCAUUCUGCUAUGAUGAUCUAAACUAUUCAUGUGAAUACCUGAAUUACACAGUACAUGGAUAGGGGUACAUAUUAGUUUUUUUCUGGAAAGAAUGACUACAUUUCAAAGAAAUAUUUGGUUUAAUUUCUACCCUGAAAGUGGUAUAUUUAGGUUUGUCGUUGAAGAAAAGAAAUCUAUUAUAAAGUGUCAGAAUUUGCAUUAGCUUUCUUAGAACUGUAAUGUAACUUAAACAACCUUCCCAAAAAAUCGGAACUAAGCCGGUUACUUCUGUUUAUCGACCUCGUGAAUAAUUCGUCUGAAUUCAAAUCAACAGAUUGGUUGAAAAUAGCAACUGAUUAUUCAAAUUGUAAUCAGCUGGGUACAUUUAUGUUUGUGUGAAAGCCAUUGUAUAGUUAAUAUAUAUUCGAAAAAUUCUUGCAUGACUAACAAUGGUAUAUACCUUCGAAAAAUCUAUAUAUUUAACCAUUAUAUGGAAGUGAAUUUCCUUAUUUCAUUGGUUUACAUGUUAAAGUUGGAAAAUGUUAUAACUUGUGAUCGCCGAUAGAGAGAGCAGCGACUUAUCGAUCGGACAAAAGACUCGUAAAACACGUGAGAACAGCCUAGAGUUCUGAUUGGCCCUGCUUUCCGCCUAGCCCAGCCAGUUAAGUCCUGAACACCAGUCUCAGCAUCUGAAAUAUGAAUCAUUAUAUUUCAAACAUAUUGAGUUUAUAUACCAAUCAAACAAACCACAACGUACCAAUAAAAUAUGAAACAACAUUUAGUUACCUAAUAAUUAUACGAUAGAAAUAUACGUAUAGUAUUGAUCCAUAGAUGGAUCCCAACGUUACCAUUCAUUAUGUUCCUCGGGUCUUAACAGAAAACAAUAAAUCGGUACGUGCAACAUCAUCUAGUGUUUUUAUUGUUUCACAUCACUAGGUAUUGUCUAUUUUUUUAUACUUUUUCAUUAUCUAAUAUUUAUAUGAACUUAGUGGCUAAGUGAAUAACACGUGAAUGUUUAAAGUGAGAGGUAGGUGUCGAGUUUGGAUUUCAUCAUAUGAAUAUCAACAUUGAAAUUCAGGUGCAUCUUCUAGCAGAUAAGUCCUACGCAAAACGAAAUACUCAUUCAGAAUUCGAAUACUGGUCCACUAUUCAAUAAUAAUUAAUUUCAUUUUAAGUAUUCACAUUAGUUGACACUUUUUACCUUACUAAUAUUAUGAAUAAAUUGUAGGUAAAUUAAAUUUUGAAGCGACAGCUGAAGAUGAUCAAAUUCAAGAACUUCAACUUUUACUUAAUCUCCUAAAUCGUGUUCUUUAUCAUGAAUUUGAAUUAAGGCUUAGUGGCGCUAUAGUUUUAUCUCGGGUUGAUAAUGAACUAGUUAUUCAACCAGAUUCUAUGAAUUCUCAAGAUGCAACAUGUAGUACUAUUCCGACAGUUGAUGCAGCCGUUAUUGGUUUAGGACAUUUAUUACCGUUAAUAACAGAAUCUAAUUUAACAAUCCCAGAAUUAUGUCAAGCAUUUUAUUCGUUAGCCUCUUAUGCAUGUGAAUUACGUCCUCAGGGAUUCAUCCGACUUACAGACAAUCAACUUACAUCUUUUGGUCGUCUUCUUCGAUUUGGAAUAUUUGGUGUGGAAUUUGAUCAAUCAAAUCACAUUAAAUCUUCAUCUGCCUCACGAUCUGCAUCAUGUUCAGCAGGAUGUGUUGACAAUUCAGUGGUUCAGCAAUGUUUGGAUAUUAUAAUUUCAUUGACUGAUCAUUUUUUAGAGAUUAGAUCACGUUCUCGUUCUUGUCCUGUAGAAGAGCUUCAAAAUGCUAUUCGUUUGAUCAAUGUUAUCGGUUUGAAUACACAAUUCCUGUCUGACUUAUUCACAUUACUAACAAGAGAAAGUUAUUCGGUCAACUUAGAAGCAUCAUUUUCAUCUGCACUCCUCAAUUUAAUUCAUUUAAGUCCGGUAAAUAGUUGUUUUGAGUUUUGCGAUUCGACGAUAUUGAAUGAUUAUUUUAUAAUUGGUUUUGUUUUUUUCUUUACUUAUAAACUAAUCAUCACUGAAGAUUGUUAAGAUUAGCUAAUCGUCCUCGUUAGCCUUACAAAUUGAUAACGCAUACCUGGCUAUUUAUAUGAAUGUUGAUAAUAGUUUACAAGUUGUGUGUAGGUACUCUAUUUUGCAUAGCCAUGUGUAUACACCCUUUUAUUUAUUACUGAAAGAAUAUCGUGGUUUUACUUAAUUACGCCUGUUACUCCUCGUUGGGGAGCAUAGACCACCCACCAUCACUCUCCAUCCAACACUGUCCUGAGCAAUCAUUUCCAGCUCCUUCCAGUUGUUAUUCAUACUUCUCAUAUGUGCUUUUAUUUCCCGACCUAAUUUGUUCUUUGGCCUUCCUCUUUUCCGCUUCUCUUCAGGAUUCUAAGUUAGCACUUGUUCCGUGAUGCAGUUUGAUGAUUUUCGUAAUGUAUGUCCUAUCGAUAUCCCUCGUCUUUUCCUAAUUUCCUCUUCAGCUGGAAGCUGGUUUGUUAUCUCGCAGAGAAGGCUGUUGCUGAUGGUAUCCGGCCAACGGAUGUUGAGUAUCUUGUGUAGACAACUAUUUAUAAAUACUUGUACCAUUUUGAUGAUGGUUGUGGUAGUUCCUGAAGUUUCAGCUCCAUACAGUUGAACUAACUGCCUUGAUGUUCAUAUUGAAGAUUGUGACUGAUGUUGGUUAACAGUUGUUUUGAGUUCUAUAUGUUGUCCAACCGUAAUAAAGCUGUCCUUGCUUUGCCAAUCUUUGUCUUUACUUCUGCAUCAGAUCCUCCACGUUCAUCUAUGAUGCUACCGAGAUAUGCGAAUCUUUCCACUUCCAGUGUUUCUGCAUCAAGUCUAACUGGGUUGGUGUUCUCUGUGUUGUAUUUAAGGAUCUUGGCUUUUCUAUUGUGUAUGUUGAAGCCUUCUGCUGAAGAUGCUGCUGCUACACUAGUUGUUUUCAUCUUCAUUUGUUCGUGUGUAUGGAAUUGGAGGGCUAGGUCAUCUGCUAAGUCCAAAUCGUCGAAUUGGUUCUGAGCUGUCCAUUGUAUUUCGUGUUUUCCCUCAGAUGUCGAGGUCUUCAUAAUCCAGUCGACCACUAGAAGGAGGAAGAAGGGGGAGAGUAGACAGCUUUGUCUGAUUCCAGUCCUUACUUGGAAUGCAUCUGUCAGCUGUCCUCUCUGCACGACCUUGCACUGUAGUCCAUCAUAUGAGUUCCGGAUAAUAUUGACAAUCUUCUCAGGAACUCCGUAGUGUCGAAGAAGUUUCCAUAACGUUCUCCUAUCUACACUGUCGAAUGCCUUUUCAUAAUCAAUGAGGUUGAUGUAUAGUGACGAGUUUCACUCAACUGAUUGUUCGACGAUGAUCCGUAGUGUUGCAAUCUGGUUUGUGCACGAUCGAUCCUUACGGAAUCCAGCUUGUUGAUUUAAUAUCGUGUUCACACCCGUAAUCUCUUCGGAGGGUAAUUUAAUGUAGCUCAUUCACUGAUUGCCAAUUCAUUUUCUGAGCUGUGAAACACUUUUUCCUUAAGGGCUAUUAUUACUACACUGUUUUUCAAAUCAAACUAGGUAGAACAACUGGGUUCGAAUCUAUAGUUCAAUGAUUCGAUAUCAACCAUACCAACCACUAAGUCACUACUACUCUUAAGGAUGUCACUUUCUAUUUAUAAAAACCUUACUUCAAUCUAUUAAUUUUACAGUCUUUGACCUCGCAUCCUUUCAAAUUUCGUCAUUAUUAUUUCCUCAUUGUUGUUUAACCUUACUACAAGUAAUGUUUUACUACGAAAUAUUUUACCAUAUGCUACUGUAUACUUAAACUUCAAUCAAUUUCAUCACAUUACCAAUCUGAAUUACUGGUAAAUUACAUUUCAUUUGAAGAUACUUUAGACAAUAUCUUUUAAUCAAUUAAUUAUUUAUUUAUUUGAACACAUAAAUAUUGGUACAAGAGGGCACCAAAUAGAUAUGCGCCACACAAAACAAUGAGAAUUUGAAGAGAAGGAAAAAAGGUGAGGAGCGUUAAAAAAAGACAAUCACGAACAGAUUAGUGUAAGGUAGUGUAAUAGUAAUAAUAAUGGGGGAAACGGAAAGGUACAACCAGAAGAAAUCUUUCAGUUAAUAAAGAAACAACUACUUUUUAUGAAGAAAGUAAAAGAAGCUUACAGCAGGAUCGUCACUAGCUUCUAUUCUGAGCCAUAUCUGAUAACGUCUCUAGCCACUGUGUAGCACCAUCUCUCGAACCUCAGCCAGGGAGUUGUGAAGGACCAACAGAAGCCAACCCCUUACAGCUUUCUUUCAUGCCACGACACCAUGUCAUACACUGACCACCUCUCCGCUUUUCCCAACCAGUCCCAGAGUCGGCAAAUAAUAAUCGACGUGGAAUAAUAGUAAUAAUAAUAAAAAUAAUAGAC